AUGGAUUUCGCAGCGCUCAUGGCCAAGGAGAUCUCCAAGGCCAAACCCAGCGCCGACAAAGGGGAAAAGAACAAAUACACUCGCCGUGCCGAAGUCGAAGCCGCGCGCAUCGCUGCCUACAAUGCUGAACAAGAAAGACUACAGCGCGAACGCGAAGAUAAAGCCACUCUAAAGCGCAAACACGAAGAAGAGGAAACCGAGCGACAUCGCGAACGAGAAGAGAAAAAGCGAAAGAUGGCCGAAGAAUCAAAAAAGAGGAGAGAAGCUGAAGAGGAUGCUGCGGAGAGAGCGCGAAGAAAACGAUUGGGAUUGCCAGAACUGCCACCAAAGAAACAGAAUGACGAGGAUGGAACGCCCGUGCCGGAGGACGAGGAUAUCGAUGGCGAGGAACUGGCUAAGAAGCUCAGGGACAUAGAUGAGCCAGUAACGUUGUUUGGCGAAACGCACAAGGUGAAGCUUCGCCGUUACCGUCGACUCGUCCAGCGAUCUCUCACGCCACAGCUGUCCAAAGGACCUAUUCCGACAACACUGGAACUAGUGGCCGAGAAGGACAUGAAGAUACCAACCACAAUGCCAAAGGAUAGCGAAGGCAAAAAGUUUCUCGUCAGACAACUUGCCUCUUAUUUCAACAUGAUCCUAGAAGAAUGGGAAAUCGCCCUGGCGAAACGAGACCUUUCGGUCAAACAGAGUCUUCCAGGACGACAGGCCUACCAGGCGAUGGUCCAAAGCAAGGAAAACAUGAGGCCCUUGUUCAAAAAGUUUGAAUCAGCAGAAAUAGACGACACUGUGCUGGAAGCGAUUGUUGAAAUUGUGCAUUGUGCGCAAGACCGGAGAUAUGUCGAUGCCAACAACGGGUAUUUGCGACUGAGUAUUGGCAAAGCAGCUUGGCCCAUUGGUGUUACCAUGGUGGGUAUUCACGAACGAUCAGCGCGAGAAAAGUUGUCCGAAAGCGACAACAAGGCCCAUAUCAUGUCGGAUGAGAGUACGCGCAAAUACUUGCAGAGUAUCAAGAGGUGUUUAACCUUUGCCCAGGUGCGCUGGCCGCCGGAUGACCAGCUCCAACUGAUGGGUUAG